UCAGCUUAAGCUUGUACAGGAUCAAGACAUCCUUAUGGUCCCUCUGAGGCACUGAUAGGAGCGAAGAAUGAUGGGGGCAUUGACUCAAUGCAGCCCCCAGGGGGAAGAGGUGGCCAACUCAGAGAAAUCCCAGAAUUCUUUGCAGCUCAGCCAGGAGAAUCGAUGGGGCUGGAUGAAGAGAGUCUGUCUGAGGGCAAGCUACAGUGUUCUCCUUUGUGUCCUGUCCCAGAUCCUGGUCCUCUGGGUUGUGUAUCUAUGCCAGGGUUAUGGUGCGUUUGCAGCUGGACAGAAAGUCCUUAGUCUCUUGCAAUACUUACUGAAGCCUGCAGCUGCUUUCCCAGAUACCAAGGAUCUCUUGCCUCUGCAGCAAGGAUUUUGGGAUACAGAGAACUGCUGCCCUCUCCUGGCAACAGCUAUACUGGGAACUGUGCUGACAGGCUCUGGAAUCCUCUAUUGUCUGAAAACAGUCAUUCGCCAAUUCCCACCAGAGGCGAGGCGUCAGUCAAUGAGUCGACAGCCCUCCUUUACCUAUUCAGAGUGGCCUGAAGAAAAGCUUGAUGAAAUCAUUGACACAGUACCUCAAGAUCAUGAGCAGGACGAUAUAGAGGGUCAAGUCUUUUUACAGUCCGAGAGUCAGGAACAGGUGGAAAACCUGAUUCAGGGCCUUGAAAGCUCCACAGAUUCAACAUCAGAGUCAGUGGAUCAGUCAACACUUGCAGUUAAACCAGUUGGACUUCAGGAGAGGAGAGGCUCCAAUGUAUCCCUUACUCUGGACAUGUGUACACCAGGAAGUGAAGAAGCUGAUGGGCAGGUGCUGUCACCCAGGGAGCAAUCUGCAUGGGAAUACUUGCAAACAGCGUCAAAUCUACUCACUUCAGAGAUACUGCAUGAACGGGCCAUGGACUCUUUCUCACUCCAGAGAGAGUUCCUUGAAAUACCGAUGAAUUUUGUUGAUCCAAAGGAAUUUGAUAUUCCAGGUUUCGGGCUGAAGAAUCGCUAUAAGACAAUUCUCCCAAAUCCUCAUAGCAGAGUGUGCCUUACCAUUAACAAAACAGAGGAUCCACUUAGUUCAUACAUUAAUGCUAACUACAUUAGGGGCUAUGGAGGGGAGGAAAAAGUAUACAUUGCUACUCAGGGACCAACUGUGAACACAGUUUCGGAUUUUUGGACAAUGAUUUGGCAGGAGCGGUCAACUAUUGUCGUCAUGAUCACAAAUCUAGAGGAGAAGAAUGAGAAAUGUACAGUGUACUGGCCUGAGGAUAAAGCCAAUUACCAAGGAAUCGAAGUGAUUGUAAACAGUGUGCAACAUGCAGAUGACUACAGUUUGAGAAACAUUACCCUAAAGGAUGGUUUGGAGGAAAGACAUCUAAAGCACUACUGGUACACAUCAUGGCCUGAUCAGAAGACACCAGAUAAUGCUCGUCCACUUUUACAGCUGGUUCAGGAGGUGGAAGAGGCCAGACAGCAAGCUAAGAAGGACAAUAGUGGACCAGUGAUAGUCCACUGCAGUGCUGGCAUUGGAAGGACAGGCUGUUUCAUUGCCACCAGCAUCUGUUACAGAGAGCUGAAGUAUGCUGGUGUAGUUGAUAUACUGAGGACAACCUGUCAGCUAAGGAUAGACAGGGGAGGUAUGAUCCAGACAUGUGAGCAGUACCAAUUUGUACACCAUGCCCUGAGUCUGUGUGAGAGACAGCUAUCCCAACAAGCAGAAGAAUGA